AUGAUCCCCGUGUCCGCAGCUCCGCUCACUGUGAACGGACUCCGCCAGCUGCACGCAUCUGCCUGGCUCACUCUGCCCCUGGACCAGACCAGCUGCGUGCGCCUGUCUCUGCGGAUCUCAGCGCUAUCGGAUAUCCACUCCACCGCCUCCUCCACCACCACCAGACCAUUACACAGGCCUCUUUAUGCUGUGCUAAAAGCUGCUCAUGUUCGAAACCCUCCAGGGAAAAGCUCCUUAAAAACACGCGGCGGAUGA